UUUGGAUUUUGUUUGGACUCUGCAUAUUUGGAUUUUCCAACUUCCAAAAUAAAGCUAUCGUCGCAUCAACAACAGAGGGAAAAAAAACGAGCCUUGACGCCUAAUUCCUGACUCUACCUGGUUGGAUUAGCCAUCACUGAGAUAUCACUAUGUCAGAAGGAAACAACACACCGUACGAUUACAGCAGUUACUAUGAUGAAGGAGCCGACUACCCUCCUACCAAUUUUAGUGAUGUAAAGGACUUCAGCCAAGUGUUUCUAACCACUCUCUAUAGUUUGGUUUUUGCCUUGGGCUUCAUAGGUAAUGGACUAGUGGUGUAUGUCGUGGUGAAGUACCGCAAUCAGAGCAACUUGACAGACAUCUGCCUCUUCAACCUGGCUCUCUCUGACCUCCUCUUCGUCUUCACGCUGCCUUUUUACUCUCACUAUGCCAGGGUCGGCCAGUGGACUUUUGGAGACUUCAUGUGCCGUUUGUUGUCUGGCUCUCACCAGACUGGCUUCUUCAGCAGCAUCUUCUUCAUGGUUGUCAUGACGCUGGACCGUUAUGUAAUCAUCGUGCACGCUCACAGGGUGACACGUUAUCGCACAAUGAGAGCAGCCAUCAUUCUGACCAUGCUCAUUUGGAUGCUGAGCAUGUUUGUGUCUCUGCCAGAUUUUAUCUUCACACAGGAAAUACAGGAAAAGUCUCAGAAGACUAGAUGUUACUAUCUCGAGGAGAGCAAAGUCUGGGAGCGUUACAACCUGUUUACCACAAAUGUGCUGGGUCUCGUGAUUCCCUUGCUGGUGAUGGUAGGUUGCUACUCCAGGAUCAUCCCCACACUGGUAAACAUGAGGACCUCAAAGAAGCACCGCAUCGUCAAGCUGAUCAUCUGUAUAGUGGUUGCAUUCUUCUUGCUCUGGGCUCCAUAUAACAUUUCCCGUUUCUUGAAGUUUCUUCAGGAAAAAGGCAAAAUCCCACGUAAUGACACCUGGGACAAAAAUUUAAGGGUGUCAGUGGUAGUAACUGAGGCCUUUGCUUACACUCACUGCUGUCUGAAUCCCAUCAUAUAUGCUUUUGUGGGACAGAAGUUUAUGAGACGAGCCUUGAAGCUGCUGAAAAAUUUUGUGCCUGGCAUCAGGAAUCUUCCAGACAGCUCAUUCAGGAGAAGCUCAGUUAUUUCCAAGUCCUCUGAAGUCACCUCCACUUACAUCAUGUAGAAGGUGUUGGGCAGAUUGUUUGACAUGAAUGUUUUACCCUGUUAUUACUGCAGACCAUAUCUUAUUCAUGUUUCAGUGAUUUGUUUUGUUAAUUUGGUCACUCCCACUUGCCACAUAGCAGUUUUCUUCACCUGUGUCUCACCAUGUUGAAUUUUCAGUAUUGUUUUGACUGUAAGAUUUCAGAUUUAAAGGCUCAUUACUUCUGAAAUGAUUGUAACCUGCUAGCACUGCUGUCUGCUUUAU